AUGUAUAAUUCAAUGAAAACAAGACAUAGAGUAAAGUCAUCAUCUCAGCCCUCAUCUAGUAACACAACCCAAGCUUCACAAAUAUUAAGAUCCAGCAUAAGUAGUCAAGUUUCAACUCCGAAAACCCCUAAAAUUUCAUUAACUCCUCCUUUAAGAGUGAGCCAGCUCUUUAAGGGGACGAAUUAUAUUUGAUUUUAAAAUAUCAUAUAAAAUUAUACAUACGGGAAACAUUGAUGCUGGUUAAUCCUAUAAGUAUUCUAUUUCUUCUUCAAAAUAAACCAUUUAAAGAAAAAAAAAUCAGAUAUUGGCUAGGAAGUAAAUAACAAAAUAUAUAUUAAAAGUAUACAUAAAAAAUAUUUUUCGAAUUUAAAAAAACCCAAAUAUGGAAAAGGAAAAUUAAAUUUAAUCUAUAAAAUCAUGAAUUAUAUAAGAGAGAGUAAGCAGAAGAGCAAUGACAUCUUCUUCUAAGUCAAGUCCCAAUCAAAAUCCAAUUUCUGUUAUAUCCAAUAGCAAUAUUGUGAGCGCUUUAUUAAAAUCUGAUAGAGAAAAAAUACCGAAACUGCUUGCUAAAAGUAGUGGUGUGUCUUAUAUAUUAGAUCCAAUAUCAAAAAUGCCAAAAUCCAGCUCACCUGAUUUAUACGAAGCAUUAGGGAUAAUUUCUGAUUUUGACUUAUACUGUUACUGUACUUUUAUCAUUCUUUAAUCCUUUUAAAAUUUAUUAAUUAUUAUUCUACUAUUUAAAGCUAAAAUAAUGUCUACUAUAUAUCUGAUUCAGAACAACCUAAGCCUAUGCAUCGAUCUACAUUAUCAAUUCCUAAUUUAAAAACAUCUGAAAACAAAUAUGCUUAAUUACAUAAAAAAAAUAUUUAAACCCAUAAAAAAUUUAAAAGCCUAAUUUAUAAUAAAAUACCAUAUUCAUCCCCAGAAAAAUUCGAAUUUGGUGCCCCAGCCGGUCGAAAAGAUGUCGAAUUGUUAGCUGAAUGGGUCGACAGAAUGCUUCUUAAGCUUGCCGAAGAAACUGCAGAGCCUGAAAAAAUGCUUGAAGAAACCAACAGAAUAUAUACCACAUGUAUAAAUGAAAUUAUCCGACAAAUUACUGUACAAUGCAAAGAAAGAGGAGAGCUGAUCACAACUAUAUGAAAAGCCUACCAAAAUGUUUUUGAAAGAGCUUUGAGAAUUAGCCAAGCUAAACUAAUGCUCACCAAUGAAGAGCAUAUGAAUGACAAAGUAAGGCUCCAAAACCAUUAUAAAGAACAGAUAGCACAGAUGGAAAGGCUUAUAGAAAAACUCAAUGAAAAUGUGGAGCAGCUGCAUAGAGAUAUAAAAUUUAAAGAUGAUACUAUUAUGGUCAAAACUUUUAGAGAAGAAAGAUUGACAACUACACUGCAAACUAUUCAGGAGCAUUAUAAAGCUAUAAAAAAAGAAAUUCUUAUAAUAAAAGAAGAUAAUAGAAUUUUAUCUGCAAAGUUAAAUUCGACCAAUGCUAAAUUCAAAACAGACUUGACUUAAAUUGUUAAAAGGUAAGCUUGAGCCAUAAUUUUUAAGCGCUGAGGAUCUCAUUAAGGAGAUUCAACAGAUUUGUGACCUGAUUUCACCAGGGGUGGCAGUGUCUUCUCCUUGCCUUUAGGCUUCAGUGUUUAGUGGGUGGAAGCAAGAGUUGUCCACACAAAAAUCCCGAAAAAAUGCAUUUAUGGUCGACUCUUGGAAAAAAAGGGAACCACAUAGCCUAGGGCUUAACUCCGGUUUCAACAAUGGCAAAGUGCCCAUUAGUCUAGGCAUACCUGUAGGCUUUGCUGGGAGACCCUUUCCAACUUCCGUGCCACCCUUCCCUUUGAGGUAAAAUCCAUCCUUUAAAGUGGACUUUGUCUAGGCUCUGAUACAUCCAGAAUUGCUUACCUAACAUUGCUAUCCAUUUCUGGGAUGGCAAAACCUUGCCAGAUAUAAUUAAAUAUGUGCUCGAAGGAAGUCAGCACCCGGCGGCGAAACGCUGAGACCACAUAUUUAAUUAUAAAUUCAAAACAGACAAUAAAGGCAACAUAAUCUUGGAAAAUCAUAAAAAAAUCAAACCAAAAGACGAAGGGUUCAUCAUAAGGCAGCUUACCAAAGAUCCAGUGCUUACUCCUAUAAAUGUGAUCAUAGAAAGAGAAAAUCUAGCAGAUGAAAUCACCUACAAUGAGAAUCAAGAAGAAGACGUUUUUAAGCAAGAAGACUAUAGAGAUAAAGGAAUAGACGCCCCAGUAAUAAAAACUGCUAAUGAAUUAUUGCAAACAGAUGUAGUAGACCUAUGCGGUGAAAGCAUUGGAGUAAAAGCUCGUAAGAAAAAAGCUGAGUCAGUUGUGGAGUCUGAUAAAGAAUCUAUAGGAGAUAUAAGACUUCAAGAAUUUGUUAGACCUAUUUAUAAUGAAAUAAUUUUUUGUCUCAUUUUUCUAUAGUAAAUAGAUAUGAUAAUCUUAUAUUUGUUAUAAAUAGGCAUAAUUUAUUAGACAAAGCUGAAAAAGAAGAAAUUGAUGAAUUCAUGGUGUUUAAAAAAUUAGAAGAAAAAGACGAAAUUGACAUUGCAGAUUUAAAAAGAAAGCACAAUCACGUAAAGCAAGUUGUUUAUAAUGUAAAAGAGGUAAUUGGCAAAUAGGGAUAUUUACAAAGAAAUGAACUAUCAAAACAUGCCUCAUUCGCCGCUAUUAUCAUCAUUGUACAAAGGUCUUUCUCAAGCAUUAAAAAUUUUGGUGAAGCAUCCUUUAGAAAAUAUUCCUGGAUUUGAUGAUAGUUCAGUUGUAGAAGAUGAUGCAACUUUUAAAAAGAAACAAAAAAUGCUAUUUUGUCCUAGAUUAAGUUUGCUGAAAAUCUAAUUAAAUUUAAAUAAUUAUAUAAUAAUGCAAAAAAAACCCUGCUAUAUUAAAUUAAAAAAUCAUACAAACUAUCAUAGGAAACGAAGAAGACAAAAAGGACAAAAAUCCAUAUGAAGAAGAAACAUUGUCGAUUAUCAAAAAAGUCUCCACAACUCCUAUAUUUAAACUCAAAAAAGUGAUGUUUAAAAAAAUGCUUUUAAAAUUAAUCACUCAAUUUUACGAUGAAAGAAUCCAAACUAAGUCCAAAAAAGAAGAAUUCGGUGCAUUUGUAUUCACUGUAUUAAUGAAAAAAUACGUCAUGAAAAAAGCUGCAGAAAACAGAUUUAAUCAUUUAUUAUCAAGCUGUAUGAAAUAUAGAACUAUAACGAGGGUUAGAGUUUUUGGAAGGUUUUUGGGGCUUUAUGAUAGCUUUGAUGGAGGAGACCUUGAGUUCUUUUUAGAAGCUUUGUCGUCGCUAAAUAAUUCUCCAUCUGGAAAAAAUAUCCCAAAUCAGGAAAAUUCUGAAAAACAUUUUGUGCCGUUUGUGAGGUGUGUGGAAAUUAUGAAACUUUAUGAGAAAUUUUUUUCGAAAGAAGAUUUUACCGACAUUAAAGCAAAGCUAGAAUCGCUGAAAAGUCAUGAUACAACGGGAUUUAAUAGGCAUGGUAUAAUAGAAAUUGAUGCAUUUUUAGAAAUACUUGUAGAUGCUUAUCGUAUUCAUAAAAAUCAAGCAUUAUGCUUUAAAACGGUAAUUAUCACAAAGUUCUGGAAUCACGGUUACUCUUUUUAUUAUUUUUAAUAAAAAUAAAAUUAGUCUUAUUUUCUUAUAAAGAAAUAAAUUUUGUAAAAAUUAUUUAUGAAGCUGCAGAUUUAAACGAAGAUGGCUAUCUUCAAUAUCAAGAAUUUGAUUUACUGCUAAAGCAUAUAUCAGCUCGUCCUUACUCUGUAAGCCUAGCUAGACAGCUAUUUGAUGCCUACGCCGAAACUUUUCUUUCAGAGGAAGAAGAAGAAGUCCGAGCAAUUUCUUUUGAAAAUUUAGCUGAAUUAAACACAAAACUUAGAAUUUUUUCUGGAGAAUCUUUAUAUGCAUAAUUAUGAUGAAUAGCCCAAUAAGUAGUAUUUUUAGCUAGUCAAUGUAAAUCCGUUUGCAAGAUAUUUUGUAGGCCAACUGAUAUCUAGAUAACCAAAAAAAAAUGCUUUAUCAUUAUUAUUAGUAUAUAAAAUUUCACAUGUAUCUAGUCCUGAAGAAGCUGCAGAAAAAAUCCAGCAAUGUGAAGACACCUUGGAAGAAAAUUUUAUUGAAAUUUUAUGGAGGUUUAGCGAAUGUGAAAGCUGGAACCAAUACCAAGAAGAAGUCCAGCAUUUAUUAGAAGCAAUAAAGAUGAAAAUAUAUUCACGUAGCAACCCAUAUCCAGUUUGGCUUGCAUAUAGGAUCAUUGAAGAAGAAUCGAAACGAGCUAUUGUACAUGAAAGACUAAAAAGCUUUAUUCCAGCGUUAGGGAAUUUAUUUGAAUUUUAG